AUGGCAAACUUUAUGGUGAUAAAGGGGGGCUCACAGUAUAACGCCGUAAUUAGGAGGCUGACCCUUCAGGCACUAAGGGCGAUAACCUCCAUCUAUCACCAAAAGGUUAAGUUCCCAACCCCUAAUAGCAUAGGCGAGAUGAAGAGCAAUCAGUACGAAUCCAGGAUUGCAUACACAGAUGCCCUGCGCGGGUACGAUCAACCAGGGAGACAGGAAGCUAGGAUGGUACACCAAGGUGUAGUCGAGGACAUAGAUCCUAGAGUCACAGAGGAAACCUGGUCCCAACCAAUCGAGCAGUUGGCGGAAGUCCAGGUUGAUCACGGGGAAUCGAUGAUGGUAUUGAAGAUAGGAUAUGAUAUGUCUCCGGCGCUCAAAAUCAAGGUCGAAGAGUUCCUAAAGAAAAAUCUGGAUGUCUUCACUUGGACACACGCAGACAUGGAAGGCAUCGACUCCCUAGUCAUGUGUCACGCUCUGAACGUCGACCCCACAUAUCCCCCAAAACGUAAAAAAUACCGACUGAUGAAUCCAGAAAGGUACGAGACGUUAAAGGAGGAAGUCGAUAAACUCAUCAAUAACGGUUUCAUAAGAGAGGCUCACUAUCCCAGAUGGAUUUCAAACCCUGUCCUGGUAAUCAAACCUAACGAGACGUGGAGAUCAUGUGUCGAUUUCAGCGACCUCAACAAAGCCUGCCCAAAAGACGGUUUCCCGUUCCCCCGAAUAGAUCAAAUGGUCGACGCCACUUUCGAGCACGAGCUGUUAAGUUUUAUGGACGCCUACUCCGGCUAUAUUCAAAUUCCAAUGCAUCCCUCUGAUGAAGAGCAUACGCCAUUCAUAACAGACAGGGGCCUCUAUUGUUACCAGCUAAACCCUUUGAAAUGCGCCUUUAGGGUUGGGUCAGGAAAGUUUCUUGGCUUCAUUGUCAGUAACCGAGGAAUAGAGACUAACCCGGAGAAGAUAAAAACUUUGCAGGAUAUGAGGUCUCCCACGAAAUCAAAUGAGGUCCAAAGGUUGACAAGAUACGUCGUCGCCCUUAACAGAUUCAUAUCUAAGGCGACGAACAAAUACGUUCCCUUUUUUUAUGCCCUGAAUGGAGGCAAGUAUUUCGAGUGGACACCGCAAUGCGAAAAGGCCUUUCAAAGGCCGAAUGAGCACCUUGGCAUACCUCCUAUCUUAUCAAAACCUAUACCGAGCAAAAAGCUGAGCUUAUACCUCUCCGUGUCAAAACAUGCUGUAAGCUCUGUAUUGAUCAGAGAAGAAGGGAUCCAGUUACCGGUCUACUACGUAAGCAAAAGACUCCUAGAUGCUGAGUUAAGAUAUACCCAGAUGGAUCAAUUAGCUCUCGCCUUAUUGGUGGCCUCAAGGAAGCUUCAACACUAUUUUCAAGCCCACAUUGUACGAAUCCUAACGAGCCACCCGCUGAGGCAAGCUUUACAAAAGCCUGAAACCUCAGGUCGACUCUUGAAAUGGUCGGUGGAGCUGAGCCAAUUUGACAUCGAAUACGUACCAAGGGUGGUGAUCAAGCGACAAGCAUUAGCGGACUUCCUGGCAGAGUUCUCCCACAGACCGGCAUUAGCCGCCGAUGAAGAAAUUAAGGAGAUAAGAUGGAAGCUUUACGUAGAUGGAGCGUCAAACGAAACCGGGUCAAGAGCAGGCGUAAUGCUAGUAAACCCAGAAGAUCACAAAAUUACGUCAGCGGUACGAUUCAAAUUCAGGGUGUCAAAUAAUGAAGCGAAAUAUGAGGCGCUGAUCGCAGGAUUGCGUGGUCGUGCAAGUGAAAGAAGAGUAUCAGGCAUGCGGAGAAAAGAUGGGGGCCUAUCUGAGGAAGGUACCAAGAGCUGUGAAUACCAACACCGAUGCCCUGGCCAAACUGGCAUCCUCAAAGGAUUCGGACUAAUAGGGGUCGUCCCCAUCGAAGAACUAGAACGGCCGACUAUUGACGAGGCAGUAGAAGUCUUAACAAUUCAGGCAGCUGGGAACUGGAUGACACCACUCGUCUGGUAUUUGAUGAACGCGGAGCUGCCCAACGACAGAGACGAAGCCAGAAGGAUCAGGUACAGAGCCACCAGGUACCUACUAUAUGAUGGUUUGCUAUACAGACGAGGCUUCUCAAUGCCUUUGCAGCGGUGCCUAGAUGAUCAUGAGGCGCAAGGGGUCCUCCGGGAGAUCCAUGAAGGAGUGUGUGGUAAUCAUAUUGGGGGACAAUCUCUAGCUCUUAAGGUUUUGAGACAGGGAGCUCCCCUGGAGAACCUAACUUUCGCUCUUAGCCUAUGGCCUUUUGCCCAAUGGGGGAUCGACCUGAUCAGACCUUUACACCUCGCACCCAGAGGGCUUAAGUUUGUCAUCGUCGCUGUGGACUACUGUACUAAAUGGGCCGAGGCGAAAGCUCUUACUUCGACCACCAAGGCAGCCUGCACCAGCUUCAUAUGGAACAACAUUAUAUGCAGGUUCGGCGUUCCACAUUCGAUCGUGUCUGACAAUAGGAAGGAGUUUGACAAUGCCUCGACGCGUAAAUUCUGUAAGGAUUUAGGCAUACGAAAGGACUUCUCAACUCUAAUACAUCUGCAGUCCAAUGGCCAAGUUGAGGCCAUCAACAAAAUCCUAAAGUAUACCUUGAAGAAGAUGCUUGACAACUUAAAGGGAAAAUGGUCCGAAAAACUCCUAAAAGUCUUAUGGGCAAACAGAACGACAAGUCAAACUACCGCGGGCGAAACACCAUUCUCUAUGGCGUAUGGAAUCGAGGUUGUACUCCCUGUGGAGAUCGAGACACAGACUAUAAGAACGAUCGUGUACAACGACGACACAAACAUGGAAGUCAUGAACGGAGAACUCGACCUAUUGGAAGAAAAAAGGCUCGAUUCUCAAUUAUGA